UUUCUGCAAAUUUCAUGCUUCAACUGAGAUCUUCUUUCGUCCUGACGACACUUACAGACCUCCACAGACUGGAGAGAGUUCAAACUUCUGUCAUGGAAAACCAGCAGUGUGUUGAUCCGGUUCAACCUCAGGACCCCGCCUCCUGUCACAGGACAGUCUCUGCACGCCGUGCAGGGAGUGACAGAAGGUCCAGAGCACGCAAACGCUGUCCAUGCUGCAGAGACGAGCAGCAGCAGCACUCUGCUCCUUCUGCCCGCCCACCUCAGAAGAGGAAGAGGACCUCUGCGGCUCCUCCUUCCAGAGCUUCUGCUGAACCUCUAGUCCCGAGGCCUUGGUCCCCCAUCCCACCUGAUGAGCUUCCUGUGGUCUCCAGUGUGGCCCCCAGGCCUCGGUCCCCCAUCCCACCUGAUGAGCUUCCUGUGGUCUCCAGUGUGGCCCCCAGCCCCCGGCCCUCCACCUCCACCUCUCCACUGCAGCCUGAUUCAGAUCUCAGGAUCCACAACCGCUCAGUGGAGGAGUAUCAGCGGAUCUACCAUGAAGUGGUAGACGACAUGCUGAAAUUUAAGAGUGGCCGCCCUCGUCCCUACAGCUUAGAGCUGGGACGACGGAUCAAACAGAAGCUCUGGGAACGACUGAACUGUCCAACUUUCACGGAGACAGUCGAUGAAAACGGACUUGUGCAUGGGGACGCGUCACAUGGGGUCGGAGUCUAUCCUCCUCAGUAUGAUGUGGACACAUCAGGAGAACCGCAGCCCGAGACUCCUCUACAGAAAAGAGCCAGGAAGUAGAGCUCAGAGACUUUUUAUGAGCUCAAGAAGAACAAACUGUAAAUAUGUAAAUAUGUAGUUUUAAGUUUUAAGUUUUCUUUAAGAGCCAGAUAAUGCAGCCUGAGCCUCCACCUGCACCACCUGACAGGAUACAAACCGACCUCUAAAAACCCUUAAAAGACUUGUUUCAUGCUCUGCCUCCAACCAAAGAUCCACCUUAAGCCUCCUCCUGCCUGACAAAGAACCUCGUAGCCUUAACCCACCUCCACCUAAAACCACCCAGGUGAAGAUCCAUCCUCUGCCUCCAACCAAACAACCACCUGCUUCCUCUGUCGUCUGCCAGCAGCUUUUAACAUCCAGCUGCUGCAGAUUCAAAAAUCACGUCGACCUCCACCUAACAAUGAUGAUCAGCUUCAGCCGAACAUCCAACAUCAACCUCUGCCAUUAAUCUACAGACACCUCCUCCGGCAGAUUAAUGGCAGACAGCUGAAGCCUGAGCCUCCACCUUCAACUGUGACCAAACACCGGAUUUGACCUCCUCCAACUUUGUCUUCUGCAAGAUGUCUGCACCUUCACCUCCACCUGCAGACUGUGUGUAGACUCUUGCAGAAGUUGUCUCCACCGUCAUAGACCUUUUGAAUGCAGAGGCAUCUGUUGCCUCUGCCGUUAGCCUCUCCAACCGACUGACAACUGUUGCCUCCACCUGAAGCCUCCGCCCGCAGACUGCAGGUUACACCUCCAUCUGCAUAUCCAGGCAGAGAGCCUCACAGGCCUACAGUGUCAGAGUCCUCCAACCACAAGGGUCUGACGGAAGCCUGAACCUCCAGCUAAAGCUUCUGUCAGAGGAACUACCAACCAAGCCCCUGCUGCUGCUCCUGAAACCUCCACCUGGAGCUUCUGCCUGCUGUCUGCAGCCACUGACUCUACAUGCAGACAGCUGCAGACAGUAGCAGCCAGAACCAGACCUCUACCUAAUCCUCAACCUCUUACUCCCCCUGAUGUUUCUUCCUCACAGCAUCCGCCUUCAUCCAGCCUCCUGCUCCUCUGCCUCCACCUGCAGAGGCUUCCUUCCUCUGAACUUUAAAGGUCCUUCUGGACUCACCAACAUCCAGGCCCGUGCAGAAAGACAUUCUGCUACAAGAGCUGUGCACAGAGAUUUCUUCAUGUCCUCCUCAUCCUGCAUGUUCACCUCCAACUCCUGCUCCUCUCCUAUGCAUCUGUUGCCUCCACCUGAAGCCUCUGCCCGCAGACUGCAGGUUACACCUCCAUCUGCAUAUCUAGGCAGGGAGCCUCACAGACCUACAGUGUCAGAGUCCUCCAACCACAAGGGUCUGACGGAAGCCUGAACCUCCACCUAAAGCUUCUGUCAGCUGAACUACCAACCAAGCCCCUGCUCCUGCUCCUCUGCCUCCACCUGCAGAGGCUUCCUUCCUCUGAACUUUAAAGCUCUUGUAGCAGAAUGUCCUUCUGGACUCACCAACAUCAAGGCCCCCACAGAAGAACUUUCUGCUACAAGAGCUGUGCACAGAGUCAUCCUCAUUUCCUCCUCAUCCUCCAUGUUCACUUCCAACUCCUACUCCUUUCCUCUCCUGAAAGCUCAUCCUCUCAUGGACCCUUUAGUUUAAAAAAAACGCUCUUGUCUCCUCCAUAAAUUAGCUUCAAUAAUAAAAAACAAAUCAGGGUACAGUUAUGUCACAAACCAGAUAUUAGUUUAGGAGACAAAGACACUCAAAUUAUUAUUUUUUAAAAAGAAAGAAAUAUCUUAAAUGUAGUCACCUUACCAAAAAUGAGAACAUUUUUUAUCAAGAGAUAGGGUUUAUGACUUAUUAUAUUAUUAAAAAGUAGAAUAAUAGGUUUUGAUUCAGCUACCAAGUAAAAUUAUUUUAAUCUAAAUGCUUUAAAAACAGAAACUCAUUGAGAAAAAAUAGACUUAAAAAUACAAAUCCUAAACUAAAGAAGUUAUAAAAUCAGUCAUUAUGGGAUGUUUGAUCUUAUUCUGCAUGAAGUGGUUCAGGAGAAGUCAAAGACUCUCAGGAACAAGUUAUGAUCUCUUAUUAAGAUCACUCAGGACCACAAACGCUUCAAAAAAUCAAAUCCUCAAACAUAGAAACAGCCUGCUAAGAGAAAACACCAACACAGAAAUAUGAGCUGAUUUAUUUCACCUUUAUUAGAUUGACCUUUUCCACAGUGAGGACUAAAGUACAAUACGCUACAAAUAUCAACAGUGUUAUUCCACAUAGAGAUAACAAGAUAUAAUAUAAAAUA